UGAGAACUGAAUUAUGUCUGGACGUGGUAAAGGAGGAAAAGGUCUUGGAAAGGGGGGCGCCAAGCGUCACAGGAAGGUCCUGAGAGAUAACAUCCAGGGUAUCACCAAACCCGCCAUCCGUCGUCUUGCACGCAGAGGUGGAGUCAAACGUAUCUCUGGACUCAUCUACGAGGAGACCCGUGGUGUCUUGAAAGUUUUCCUUGAGAACGUCAUUCGUGAUGCUGUCACCUACACAGAGCACGCCAAGAGGAAGACUGUCACAGCCAUGGACGUUGUCUAUGCACUGAAGAGACAAGGACGUACCCUUUACGGAUUCGGUGGUUAGAUACCCCCUACCAUCGCUUACAAGCGUAACAACAAACGGCCGUUUUCACGGCCACCCAAAUUUUUAGAAAAGAUGCCUCUGAGCAGACGUGUAAAAGAAACGAAUG